AUGUCUGCUUUCUCGCCCCAGGUUGCACUUAGGAGGCAGCAAGCCCAGGAAGAGGAGCUGGGGAUCAGCCAGCCUGUGCCCCUGCCCAGCGCCCCAGAGCCAGUUGGCAAGAAGAGCAGCAGCAGCAGCUCCUGUCUCCUGCAGGACAGCAGCAGCCCUGUGCACUCCACAAGCACGGCAGCAGCAGCAGCAGCAGCAGCAGCAAGCGCACCACCAGAGGGACGGAUGCUCAUUCAGGACAUCCCUUCCAUCCCCACCAGAGGGCACUUGGAGAGCACGUCUGAUUUGGUUGUGGACUCCACCUACUACAGCAGUUUUUACCAGCCAUCCCUGUAUCCUUACUAUAACAACCUGUACAACUACUCCCAGUAUCAAAUGGCAGUGGCCAGUGAGCCUUCCUCAAGUGAGACAGGGGGUACGUUUGUAGGGUCAGCCAUGAAAAACAGCCUUCGAAGCCUCCCAACAACAUAUAUGUCAAGCCAGUCAGGAAAACAAUGGCAGAUGAAAGGGAUGGAGAACCGCCACGCCAUGGGCUCCCAGUACCGGAUGUGCUCCUACUACCCGCCCGCCUCAUACCUGGGCCAGGGGGUUGGCAGUCCCACCUGCGUCACACAGAUACUGGCCUCGGAGGACACCCCCUCCUACUCAGAGUCGAAAGCAAGAGUGUUUUCGCCGCCCAGCAGCCAGGACUCGGGCCUGGGGUGCCUGUCCAGCAGCGAGACCGUCGGGUCUCGGCCCGCUCCCGUCGGGGCGGAGCGUCAGGCGAUCGGCCUCCCCGAAACUCGGUGCCGUGAUGUGUUUGUAAUGGUUCCUCGUAGGCUGCUGUUCGGCCCCAGACGUUUUCUUCUCGGGCUUCUUCGGCCCUCUGCUGCUCCCCGGAUGUGGGGGAUGGACAAGGGGAUGGACGGGCAUCCCUGUUCCGGCCCCAGCUUUGCUCCUGCCCCUCGAGGGUUCUCCUCGGAUGUGCCCGUCGAGUCUCAACGGGAGCGGCUCAGAGCCGGCUGGGGCGGGUCGGCGCCUCUGCGCUGCCCGCAGCCGGAUAGCGAGGCGAAAACAGUGGUGUGCGUCCUGCUGCAGCCUUGUCUGCAGCACUGUGUCGCCGGGAUGGCGGCCGGGGCAGAAGGAAUAUAA